AUGGUCUCGAUUCGGGAUAUGCCCAAUAAGGAUACUACGUGUUUGUACAUUUUCGAGUCUUUUGAGACCCCGGUUUUGCGAAUGUACUCUAUCUUUUCUUCGUCUAAUGUGGUGCGAGGGAUCAAAGUAGGGCGUGACAAGAGCAUGAAUAUCAAGUCUUCUCUGCUAAGGCCCAACGACUCAUACAUGGCGACAGCCGGUUUCAUCUUGGUUUCGGACGAAAGCUUUGGCCAGGAGCUCUCGGGAGCCGAACAGGGAUUCGAGAUAGUUGACACGCUCGUUGAGCAUGACAUUGAUCUUGGAGUUGAGGAGGCGGGGCCGGCAGUGGAUCAUCUUCACCAGGUCACUGGAUUCGAUGCCCAGUUCGGAGAGGAUUUGGAGCUUGGAUUGAAGGACGUGAAUAUCGGUUUUACGGAGAGACGGGCGCCGCUCGAAAAUUCUAGAGAUGUCGCUCUCCGAGCAACCCCAUUUUUUGAAAACGCAUUCAACGGAAGGACUAGCCGCGGAAUGGAAAAGACAAGGCUUUUGGAAGUGAGGAUAUGA